AUGGCGCUCGCGCCAUCGCGGCGCGCCCGCGAUCGUCGCGUCUGCCACGUCUUCCAGCGCGCGCGCGACGGCGAGAUCUGGACCAGCGCGCGAGCCGCCGCCGCGCGCGACGGCGACGCCGACGGCGACGGCGACGCCGACGGCGACGGCGACGCCGACGCCCCCCGCGGCGUCGCACCCGCGGCACGAACACGAGACGUUAACGGCCCUCGUCAUCGCGUUCAAGCGUCGCCGUCGUCGUCGCCGUCGUCCUCGCGCGGCUUCGUGAUCCCGCCCUCGCGCGCCGCCGCCGACGAGAAGAAGUCAAAGUCGAAGUCGAAGUCGAUCUCGUCGUCGACGCGCGAUGACGAGGACGGGCGCGACGCCGCGCGGUCCAUCGCCGCGGACCGCGCCGCGUCGCUCGCCGCCGCCGCCGUCGCGUCGGCGUCGCUCGCGGAGGCGCGACUCGACCCGAACGCCGCGGAAUCCAACCGCCUGACGCGCGUCGCGGAGGCGCUCAUCGCGGGCGGGCGGCCAGCGGACGCGCUCCUCGUCCUCCAUCGCGCGCUCGCGCUGACGCCGCGGUGCCUGGACGCGAUCGCGAAGAAGGGGAUGUGUCACCAAGCGUUGGGGUCGCAUCAAGACGCGUACGACGCGUACGCCGCGGUGCUCGCGGUGGAGCCGACGCACGCGCUGGCGUUGCGCGCGGUCGGCGCGCUGUAUCAAGCCCACGGGUUCCUCUCCGAGGCUGCGGGCGCGUUUAAGAGCGCGCUGCGGUCGGACCCUGCGGACCGGCCGACGAUCGAGCGGCUGGCGGCGACGCUCACGGAUCUGGGGACGCGGACGAAGCUCCUGGGGUCGCCGAACGCCGCGAUCGAGUACUACAGAGAAGCGAGCGCCGUGGACGGCGGGUACGCGCCUGCGUUUUAUAACCUCGGCGUGGUGUUAUCGGAGACGAACCGGCACGCGGAGGCCAUGGCGUGCUACGAACUCGCGAUCAAGAAGCUCGCCGGCGACGUCGUCGGCGCCAUCGACGCGUACGAACAGUGCUUACGCGUCAACCCGAACCACGCGCUCGGUCGCGGGAACAUCUCGAUCGCGCUCAGCGAACACGCGACCGCGGUGAAAGCGUCCGGGGACGUGCAUCUCGCGAUCAGAGGCUACGAGCGCGCGUUGACGUUUGACCCGAACGCGGCGGAGGCGACGUAUAAUCUCGGCGUCGCGCAGGCGGAGGUGGGCGAGAUCGACCGCGCGAUCAUCGCGUACGAGCACACGCUGCGGUUGAAACCCAACUGCGCGGAGGCGUGGAAUAAUCUCGGGGUGUUACACCGCGAACGCAACAACGUCGAGCGGGCCGUGGAGUGUUACAACCGAGCGAUCGCGAUCGCGCCGGCGUUCGCGCAGCCGUUGAACAACGUCGGGGUCGUGUACACGACGCAGGGGAACGCGGGCGCGGCGCUGGAGGCGCUGCAGCGCGCGAUCGCCGCGGAUCCGUCGUACGCGGUCGCGCACAACAACCUCGGGGUGUUACUCCGAGACACCGGGGACGUCCCGGAGGCGUUGGCGUCGUACGCGGAGUGCGAGCGGUGCUCGCCGGAUCAUCGAAACGCGACGCAGAAUUAUCUGCUGUCGCUGAAUUACGUCCACCCGGGGGAGAGCGCGGUGGUGUCGGACGCGCACGCGCGGUGGGGCGCGCGGUUCCAGGAGAUCGCCGGCGAGGCGCUCCCGCGGCGACGGUUCGCGCGAUCGGAUCUCGGCGCGGGAAGGGAGCGCGUCGGGGGAGCGCUGCGACGGCGUCGCGAAAAUUCGGACGCGCGAGGGGCGCGGUUCAUAGGCCUGACGCGCCGCGACGCCGACUCGGACUCGGACGCCGACGCCGAUUCGGACUCCGACGCCGACUACUCCGACGACGUCGACGACGCGGACGACGCGGAGGCGCGAGACGCCCUCCUCUCUGGGCGAGCCCUCUCUCCGCGCCGCCGCCUCGUCGUCGGCUACGUCUCCUCCGACCUCUACACGCACAGCGUGUCCUACUUCGCGUUCGCGCCGUUCCGCGACCACGACCCGUCGAGAGUCGAGCUCUUCGUCUACUCGACGACGCCGCGCGAAGACGCGCAGUCGACGCGGUUGCGCGACGCCGUCGCCGCCGCGCGCGGGACCUGGCGCGACUGCGCGGCGAUGUCCGAGAGCGAACUCGCGGAGACGAUCCGGGGCGAUCGCGUGGACGUCCUCGUGGAGCUCACCGGACACACGGCGAACAACAAGCUCGGGACGAUGGCGCUGCGACCGGCGCCGGUGCAGGCGACGUGGAUCGGGUACCCCAACUCCACGGGGUUGACGUCCAUCGACUACCGCCUCACGGACGCCAUCUGCGAUCCGCUGGACACGACGCAGAGCUUCGUGGAGAAGCUCGUGCGGUUGCCCGGGUGUUUCUUAUCGUACACCCCGAGCGCGGAGGCGCCGCCGGUCGCGCCCGCGCCGUGCAUGACCGCCGGCUUCGUCACCUUUGGCUGCUUCAACGCGCUCGCCAAGGUCACGCCGCGCGUCCGCAAAGUCUGGGGCCGGCUCCUCGCCGCGGUGCCAAACUCGCGGCUCGUCGUGAAAGCCAAGCCGUUCCUGUGCCCGACGAUUCGCGCGCGCUUCCUGACGCAGAUGCUCUCCGAGGGCGUGGAGUCGUGGCGGAUCGACUUAUCCCCGCUGACGAACGGCACGACGCACCACCUCUCGAUGUACGGCAUGAUGGACGUCGCGCUGGACACGUUUCCUUACGCGGGGACGACGACGACGUGCGAGGCGAUGUGGAUGGGCGUCCCGGUGCUGACGAUGAUUGGCGGGUGCCACGCGCACAACGUCGGCGCGAGCCUCGUGGAGGCGGUGGGCUUAUCGGAGGAGUGCGCGACGCGGACGGAGGAUGAGUACGUCGCGAAGGGGACGGCGUUGGCGAGCGAUUUCGAGAGGUUGGCGGCGACGCGCGCGGGGUUGAGACGGCGGAUGCGCGACGGGCCGAUGUGCGACGGGAGGGCGUUCAUGGGGAGGGUGGAGGACGCGUACGUCGAGAUGUUCGAGAAGUGGUGCGGCGAAAACAGGGCGGACGCGGAGGAGGAGGAGGAGGGUCGGGCGGCGGCGGCGGCGGCGGCGGGCGGCGUCGGCGGCGGCGUCGGCGGCGGCGGCGGCGCGAACGGCGCGGCGGCGACGACGAGGAAGGCGGAAGGAAAGGACGAGAACGAGACGUCGUCGUGCUCGAGCCAGGACACGGUGCGCGACGAGGACCCCGCGCGAUCGGGCGGCGACUGAGCGGUCGCCGCCCGAGCGGGGUGCUCGAGAACGGAGGGACGGGAGUUCCAAAAUCGAACCCCGAGACUUCGCGAUGAUUUCUUUUACGAGUAUAGCAUACGAAAGAACGAAAGGAUUCAGGAUUC